GCUGGCCACAUGACCCAGAAGCUGUACACCGGCUCCCUCGGCCAAUAAAGUGAGAUGAGCGCCGCAACCCCAGAGUCGGCCACGACUGGACCUAAUGGUCAGGGGUCCCUUUACCUUUACCUUUAUACCUUGUAUAAAAUCUAUGCAGACAUACUAAUAUACAUUAGUAAAUACAUGUGUUACUCCUAUUUACAUUGCAUGGGCAGGGAGGGGAGGAACUUGGUGAAAAUGAGUCUGGAUAUAGUGGGUUUCAUUUGCAGGCAACUUCAAGAGCUCAGUCAGAGGUUUACAUGGAAUCUACCCUAUAGAGUCCUGCUAUUUUUGCAUCUCUAAAGAUCCCUGUUAUGCUGCCUAGGAGUAACUAGGUUUUGCUUCACUUCCCAAGUUAAACUGCAUGAUUGACCAUGAAUGCUAGUGGCCCAGGAUAUCCGCUAGCCUCCCUCUAUGUGGGCGACUUGCACCCGGAUGUAACCGAAGCCAUGUUGUACGAGAAAUUCUCGCCUGCUGGACCAAUUCUGUCCAUCAGAGUUUGCCGAGAUGUCUCCACACGCCGAUCACUAGGUUAUGCCUACAUAAAUUUUCAACAGCCUGCUGAUGCUGAGCGGGCCUUGGAUACCAUGAAUUUUGAAGUGAUAAAAGGCCGACCCAUUCGCAUCAUGUGGUCCCAACGGGACCCAGGACUCAGGAAAUCAGGCGUUGGGAACAUCUUCAUCAAGAACCUGGACGAUUCCAUUGAUAACAAAGCUUUGUAUGAUACAUUCUCAGCCUUUGGAAAUAUCCUUUCUUGCAAGGUUGUUUGUGAUGAGAAUGGAUCCCGAGGUUACGGCUUUGUCCAUUUUGAGACCCACGAGGCAGCAAACAGAGCAAUUGACACGAUGAAUGGAAUGCUCCUCAAUGACCGUAAGGUGUUCGUUGGCCAUUUUAAAUCUCGACGAGAGCGGGAAGCAGAAUAUGGCGCCAAGGCAAUGGAAUUCACCAAUGUCUACAUCAAGAAUUUUGGGGAUGACAUGCAUGAUGAGCGACUACAGGAAAUAUUCUCAAAAUUUGGAAAGACGUUGAGUGUCAAGGUGAUGAUGGAUAAUGCAGGCCAUUCGAAAGGGUUUGGGUUUGUCAACUUUGAGAAGCAUGAAGAUGCUCAGAAGGCUGUUGAAGACAUGAAUGGGACGGAGAUCAAUGGGCGAAUGGUGUAUGUUGGCCGAGCUCAGAAGAGGAUGGAACGUCAGAGUGAACUGAAGCGCAAAUUUGAGCAGAUCAAGCAGGAGAGAGUAAACAGAUACCAGGGUGUGAACUUGUAUGUAAAGAAUCUGGAUGAUGGGAUUGAUGAUGAACGGCUGAGGAAUGAAUUUUCUCCUUAUGGAACUAUCACUAGUGCCAAGGUGAUGACAGAGGGUGGACACAGCAAAGGUUUUGGGUUUGUAUGUUUUUCAUCCCCAGAAGAGGCCACAAAGGCUGUGACUGAAAUGAACGGGAGGAUUGUCAGUGCCAAGCCUUUGUAUGUGGCCCUUGCUCAAAGGAAAGAGGAGAGGAAAGCUAUUCUCACCAACCAAUACAUGCAGAGACUAGCUACCAUGAGGGCCUUGCCUGGUCCAAUCCUCUGCUCCUUCCCUCCGACAGGUUAUUUCCUGCCCUCCCUUCCACAGCCUCAAACCAGAACUACUUUCUACAGUCCUAGCCCUGUUGCCCAAGUCCGCCCUGUCUCCCGCUGGAAUAUGCAGCCCUCCAGGCCUCCCUCAUCCUAUCACCCAGCCAGCCCGGUCCUGAGGACUAGUGCACCUCCCAGGCGCCCGCUGUCCAACAUCAGCACCAUGAGACAAGCGUCCACUCAGGCUCCCAGGGUAUCUCCCAAUGCCCAGAGAGUGGCCAACAUAGGAACCCAGACUAUCAGCACUCGGGCAUCCUCCUCAACAGCCCUACCACGUGGCGUUUCCCAGUACAAGUACUCUUCAGCCGUGAGGAAUGCCCAGCCACUGGGCACCAUGGCACCUUUGCCAAUGCACCAGGUUGUAGAACCGGCUGUCCGUGUCCACGGACAGGAGCCCCUGACAGCAUCCAUGUUGGCUGCAGCCCCUCCUCAGGAGCAGAAGCAAAUGCUUGGUGAACGCCUCUACCCUCUGAUUCACUCAUUACACCCCUCCAUGGCUGGGAAGAUCACAGGUAUGCUGCUGGAGAUAGAUAACUCUGAGUUGCUGCUGAUGCUGGAGUCACCUGAAUCCCUCCACUCUAAGAUUGAGGAGGCUGUUGCUGUACUGCAAGUGCACCAAAUCUCUGAAGCAUCCCACAAGAGCAACUCGGCAGCAUUUCUUCAGUGACCAAGGAUCCGAUUGGUACUGAUCAAAUGACUACUUCGACUUUGCCUGUUUCUGCAACCGUCAGGUCUACAUUGCUUGUGCAGCAGCUUCAUUGUUACCAUAAAUUUGCUGCACGUGGUCUGGAUCUCACUCAGACUCAGUGCCCAGCCAUGGUCCCAAACUACUCUAGGCACAACUAGUGGAUUAUCAAUGGGCAAAUUGAGCUCCUCUUCCCAUUAGUCAGGAUGGCUACAUGAAACUUCUCUGUGCAUUCUAAUUUAGAGUUUCUCCAUUUAACAUAUGCG